CGAUGGCAUUCGUUCUCAGCUAUUCUUAGGAGCCUCUCAGGAGCUCCACACAGCCUGGCCAGACAGCAAGGGACGGAGCAGAGGCCGCUGCUGUCAGCACGAGCAUGUCUUACAGCGUGACCCUGACCGGGCCCGGGCCCUGGGGCUUCCGUCUCCAGGGGGGCAAGGACUUCAACAUGCCGCUCACUAUCUCCCGGAUCACACCGGGGAGCAAGGCCGCCCAGUCCCAGCUCAGCCAGGGUGACCUCGUGGUGGCCAUUGACGGAGUCAACACAGACACCAUGACCCACCUGGAAGCCCAGAACAAGAUCAAGUCUGCCAACUACAACCUGAGCCUCACGCUGCAGAAGUCGAAGCGCCCCAUCCCCAUCUCCACAACAGCGCCCCCGGUCCAGUCCCCUCUGCCGGUGAUCCCCCACCAGAAGGUGAUAGCCAACUCUCCAGCCAACGCCGACUACCAGGAACGGUUCAACCCCAGCGCCCUGAAGGACUCUGCCCUGUCCACCCACAAGCCCAUCGAGGUGAAGGGGCUGGGUGGCAAGGCCACCAUCAUCCAUGCGCAGUACAACACACCCAUCAGCAUGUACUCCCAGGACGCCAUCAUGGACGCCAUUGCUGGGCAGGCCCAGGCCCAGGGCAGUGACUUCAGUGGGAGCCUUCCUAUUAAAGACCUUGCGGUGGACAGCACCUCCCCCGUGUACCAGGCCGUGAUUAAGAACCAGAACAAGCCGGAAGACGAGGCUGACGAGUGGGCCCGCCGCUCCUCCAACCUGCAGUCUCGCUCUUUCCGCAUCCUGGCCCAGAUGACUGGGACAGAAUACAUGCAAGACCCUGAUGAAGAAGCUUUGCGAAGGUCAAGCACCCCUAUUGAGCAUGCUCCAGUGUGCACCAGCCAGGCCGCCACCCCGCAGCUGCCCGCUUCUGCCCAGCCACCUGCUGCUGCCCCUCCCAGUGCAGCCUCGCCACCCCUGACCGCAGCCACUGCCCAUGCUGCCAGCGCGUCCGCCGCAGCCCCUGCCUCAAGCCCCGCGGACAGUCCAAGGCCCCAGGCCUCUGCCUACAGUCCCGCCAAGGCGACCUCUCCAGCACCUGCCACUCAUACAUACAGUGAGGCCUCAGCUGCCCCUGCGCCCAAGCCCCGGGUUGUCACCACCGCCAGCAUCCGGCCUUCUGUCUACCAGCCAGUGCCUGCAUCUACCUACAGCCCAUCCCCGGGGGCCAAUUAUAGUCCAGCUCCCUAUACCCCCUCACCUGCCCCUGCCUACACCCCCUCUCCUGCCCCCACCUACUCCCCUUCCCCGGCACCAGCCUAUACCCCCUCGCCAGCCCCAAGCUAUAACCCUGCACCCUCAGCGGCCUACAGUGGGGGCCCUGUGGAGUCUGCCAGCCGCCCCCCAUGGGUGACAGAUGACAGCUUCUCUCAGAAGUUUGCCCCUGGCAAGAGUACCACCUCCAUCAGCAAGCAGACCCUGCCUCGAGGGACCCCUGCCUACACCCCGACGGGGCCCCAGGGGUCUCCCCUGGCCAGGGGCAUCGUUCAGCGGGCUGAGCGCGUCCCAGCCAGCAGCAGGACUCCGCUCUGUGGCCACUGCAGCAACAUCAUCAGGGGCCCCUUUCUGGUAGCCAUGGGCCGUUCCUGGCACCCGGAAGAGUUCAACUGUGCCUACUGCAAGACCUCCCUGGCCGACAUGUGCUUUGUGGAGGAGCAGAACAACGUGUACUGCGAGCGCUGUUACGAGCAGUUCUUUGCCCCAAUCUGUGCCAAGUGCAACACUAAAAUCAUGGGGGAAGUGAUGCAUGCCCUGAGACAGACAUGGCACACCACCUGCUUCGUCUGCGCAGCUUGCAAAAAGCCCUUUGGGAACAGCCUCUUCCACAUGGAAGAUGGGGAGCCCUACUGCGAGAAAGACUAUGUCAAUCUGUUCAGCACCAAGUGUCAUGGCUGCGAUUUCCCCGUGGAGGCUGGGGACAAGUUUAUCGAAGCCCUGGGACACACCUGGCAUGACACCUGCUUCAUCUGCGCAGUCUGCCAUGUGAAUCUGGAGGGGCAGCCAUUCUACUCCAAGAAGGACAAACCCCUGUGCAAGAAGCACGCACACGCCAUCAACGUUUAG